AUGUCCGCCGAUGCUUUGACUGCGCACAUAACUCGCCGACUCAGCGCAGUAGAGCCAGCACGCAACAAGAAUGAAGACGACAGCAAGCGGUUGAGCGACGCCAUUGGCGAUCUCCUGGCCAUUGGUAGCCGUGUCGCCGAUGAGGCACAUGCGUGA